AUGACUGCCCAACGAAAAACCAAGAAGCUGGUGAUAGUCCGCAAUGACGCCCCGGAUGCCGACAACAUAGCAGCAUUUAUGCUUCUGUUACAAUGGGCAAAAAACGCGCCUGACGUCGAAUUGGUUAUCAUAUUUGAGCCUCGGCCUAUUGACUUUAGCCUGGCAAUUUUGAAACCUGAUGACCAAAAACAAUUGGACAGGUUACUCAAGCGUCACUUCCCUGAACUCGGAAAUCCCCUCAAGAUUCGCCUAAAUGGCUUGUUGACAGAGCAGGCUAUAAGCCAGGUCACAAACCUCAGCGAAGAAGACCGGGCUUUGGUAAGUUUCGAAGCUUUAUUUUUCGUCCUUUCGGGUUAG